UUUGUCAACAAACGGAUGCAAGUGAGCAAAGUACUCCUCUGUUAAGUUAGAUAAAAAUAAAUACUUUUAUUUAUUCGGUGCUGAUUAGCGGUUGGUUCUGGAGUUAUGAACCGAACUUCUGCAGUUCAUGACACAGACGAAGCUUGUACCAGCCGUGAUCGGUUCGACCGGAGUCCUCCGCCGGUCUCCUGCUCUUCCCCGAAGCUUUUCCACAUGAUGGAGUCCGCUGCAGAGCUCAUGAUGGUCCACCGCGACUUCCAGGCGGCUUUUGACGCCUGUAACGCAGGUCUAGAGGUCCUGGAGCGCAUGGGGCCAGAAGACAGGUCCGAGGAGAUAAAAACCGGAUUCUGCAUCCUGGGGAUCCAGGCGCUGGCUGAGCUCAACCAGUGGCGCGGGGUUUCCUCCUGGGUCCUGCAGCACUACGGGGAGCAGGAAAAUGUGCCUGCGAAGAUCAUGCAGAUCUGCAUCCUCCUCUACUCCAAGGUCAAGCAGCCUGCUGUGAUGCAGCAGGCGACCCGGGAUUGGCUGCGCAACCCGCGGAACGUGCAGACCGCCGGGUUCCAGCUGGUGGCGGAGCUCUACCUGCUGCACAUCCUCCUGCCGCUCGGACAUUUCGAAGAGGCGCGGGAACUCGUCAGCGGUGACUUUGGACGCAACACGUUCACAGAGGAGCAACGGCAAACAGCUCUGGACGUGGUGGAAGAAAAAAGUCGACAGAAUCAAGAAGACCCGAUCAAUCCAGAUGAAACUCCAGAUUCUGGAGAUGGAGAAUCACAACCGGACUCAAAUCAAAGGUCUAUACUCCGUAAAGUGUUCAGGACGAUUUUCAGAAAAUGCUUGGGGACCGGAUCCGACUCAUCCCUUCUGCAGAAACUCUUCCUGGCCGCCCUUCUUCUCUACAUGCUUCUCUUCAAAUUGGACCCAGCUUUCUCGUCGUCCUACAUGUGGAUUUUCAAACUUCUUCAGCUGAUCAAGCAGACAUGGAGAGCGACGUUUUCGUCAUGUCGCCCUCUGGUGUAGAGGAGGAAACUGUACACUCAUUUAAUUUUCUGAUUAAAUUAAGAAAAUAUUGAA